ACAGUGGCCGUUGUGGCAGUUAGGCCUCUUUAAAAAUGGCGCGUGAAUGGUUUUCGAGCAAAGUCCAUCAGACGUGAGCCUCAAAUUCAAUAAACAAACGUGUGGGUCUGUGCGAUGUUUCCAGUGAUGAGGAACAGCCAGAAUUGUGAAUUUUUAGUUUUUUUAUUUAUUAUUUUAAUUUAUUUUCUGUGAGUUGGUUUUUUGCGGUGAUCUCGUUGCGGGAAAACGUGAUUCAUAAAUUGAAGAAAGUAAGAGAAGGGGAGAGAGGGGUGAGUUCUUCGAUAACUUAAUUACCGUCAUAAACCCUCUCGCCGCGCUCUUCCUCUCUCGUGCAUCACAACGUUAUCUGGAUUUCUGGUUCAUCAGUCGUCGGAAGAAAAUACGUCGUCGUUUUCGAGUGCCGUGGCAUUGAGGGGAAAGCGCGAUCUCGGGGGUGACCGGGUGACUUGUGGGGGCCGUAGUUUUGCUUUCUUAAAUCUAAUCUUUCACCGUCAUUGCCCCCUUCUAUUCUCUCCAAACACAGAGGAACGCUUCAAACAAGCUGUGCAGGUUAAAUUGAAGACGUGAUGGCUGAUACCAAGAAAUUUGUUCCUCUUCCACCUCCUUAUCCCCAUCCAGCAGUAGCCAGUUGUUCUUGCAAGGACUUGGUUAUGAAAAAUUCACCAUCAAGAGGACGUAGUUAUGUUUCUGUAGCAACAAUAGAUUUGUGGGAGCGUCUUUUUGACGAAGGUUAUAAAGCAGAUGUUUUCAUUAAUACUGAUAAUGGUGGCAUUAUUUACGCGCAUUCUUAUAUUCUUGCCAUGGCUUCUCCAGUAAUGAGAGGCAUGCUUAAACGAGCAACACGUCAUCGUCAUAUGAAAUCAAUCCCGAUUUCUGGGGUUCCACAUGGCGCUGUUCGAGCUUUCCUUCGAUUUUUGUAUAGUUCCUGUUACGAUAAAGAAGAAAUGAGGGAAUUCGUGUUACAUCUGUUGGUGCUGUCACAUGUAUUUGCGGUUCCCCACUUGAAGCGUGAAUGUGAACAGAAGCUAGAAGCGGAUUUCCUCACAAUCGACAAUAUAGUUGAUGUGUUUCAACUUGCAUUACUAUGUGAUGCUCCCCGCCUUAGCCUCAUUUGUCACCGUCGCAUCCUUCAAAAUUUUAAAGCAGUUUCCGAGUCCGAAGGGUGGAAGGCCAUGAAAGAGAGCCAUCCGACUCUAGAGAAGGAACUUCUGGAAUCUCUUAUCGAGGAAGAAAAUAGCACAAAGGAGAGGAUCAGAAAAAUAAAUGAGAAGAAAAUUUAUCUUCAAUUAUACGAGGCAAUGGAAGCUCUGGUUCACAUAUAUAGAGAUGGGUGUCGAACCAUUGGCCCACACGAUAAAGACUUCAAAGAAAACCAAGCACCAUGUAGUUUUGCAGCCUGCAAGAGCUUAGAAUUGCUUGUCCGUCAUUUUGCUGGGUGCAAGUUGAGAGUCCCUGGUGGUUGCAAUCAUUGCAAGAGGAUGUGGCAGCUUUUGGAGUUGCACUCUCGAAUAUGUGCCGAUCCAGACAACUGUAGGGUUCCUUUAUGCAGGAACUUUAAGGAGAGAAUAUCAAAACAAAGUAAGAAAGAUGAAGUUAGGUGGAGAAUACUGGUAGAAAAGAUCUCGAGAACUAAGGGCAUUGCGGUGGCACCAUUCUUUCAAAAGCAAUGACCGCGAGUUUUGUGGAAGCAAAGACGCAGUUGGUAUAGAACCUUACUCAGGAGUCAGGUUGUAAAUUUGAUGUUUGUCCCGUUCUUGGGUUAGGAGAAUCCUCCUAAGAGGUUUUUUAGUGUACCUCUUUCUGUAUCUCAAAUUCUCAAUAAAAUUUAUGAUGCAGAGAAGCACUUCGUCCCAGCAUUUCUCUGUUUUUCAUCUGUUGUCGUCGAACUCCUUUUGAGGAUGGAACAAACUUUUGUAAUUACUUAGUUAUUUAAUAAGACUAAUAAUUUGUGAUUAUCUCAAA